AUGGGAACAGUUUCACAUCAUACACAAAUGGGUAUCGAUGCGGAUGCACCAAUUCCAAUUCCAGCCAAUUCCAAUUCUUGGAAUUGGUUGGAAUUGGUUGGAAUUGGAAAUGGAAUUGGUUGGAAUUGGCUGGAAUUGGAAUUAGAAUUGGUUGGAAUUGGUUGGAAUUGGAAUUGGAAUUGGUUAGAAUUGGUUAGAAUUGGAAUUGGUUAGAAUUGGUCUGGAAUUGGCUGGAAUCGGCUGGAAUUGGCUGGCAUUGAUCUAGAAUUUUCCAGAAUCGACCUGGAAUUGAUGCAGAAUUGACCUGGAAUUAGCUAAAACCAGCUUGCAAUUGGGCUGAAAUUACUAGGGAGGUAUCUGAACUGUUCCCUCGUUUUUCAGCUGAUGUUUUGCCAAGAAGUAGAUCUCACGAGGGAACAUUCCCAGGUGGUAAAAAGCUUUUCGACCGGGGAUGUGAUAAUUAGAUAGGGCAUAGCUAGAAGUGAUAUACCCUAAGUUAGUUCGGGCCCAAGUUGAGAUUUGUCUGAGAUAUCGACUUUUUACUAGAAUUUGCCUAUGGGAUCCCAUCUUUCCCAUGAAAUCAAAGUUUUGAAUUUUGAGGUGAGACUUUGCCCAUAUCAAGGCCUCAGCCAGAGUA